GCCCCGUCAGGAGGAAUCAUGCACCCUCGAGGAACAGAUAAUGAAUUGUGUUCAACCAAAGCCGCCAGGAGUCCACAGACUCCCCAACGAGCAGAAUCAGAACUGAAACAAAGAUGCUGGAGCCAUCAGCGUGUGUUUUCCCCCUUGUCUCUGUCACUCUCAUGAUUUAAUCCUGACCCCUUCUCUCUCCCUCUGUCUCUUUUUCUCUAUCUCGACUGACUCCUCCCUCCGUUUCUGCCCUGCACUCCCUCUCUCUGCCUCUCUCCGUCUACGGCACACUCAAACACACACCCUCCACCCCCAUCGCUGCAGUGUCUCAACUGCCUUGGAGCGAGCAAGAGAGGAUACAGAACACAGACGGUUAUAAGACAGAGGAAGAGGGCCGCCGAAAGACACGCACGCUCCCGCACUGAGAGGUGUACUUUGUGUGUGUGCAGUGGAUAUGAGGGCGACGUGAAGAUGAAGCAGAGGCACUGAAGGUGGAUUGCACUGAGCCGUUUCUCUCCCUGCAAGGGCUUGUCUGCAGUAUCCUUCUGAAAACGGAUGCUGACUUGAGAUCACGGCGUCCUGUCGUCGGGGAGAAAAUUAACCAGAGGAAGAAAACUUUGUGUCACCUGGACCAAAAAAAAAAACAGACCGAAUAUCGAGCAGAGGUGCAUGGCUACAACACAGCACAAGAGCCAUGUGGGAGGAGAGUGAUUGGGAUUUCACCUUCGCAAGCACCACGUCCAAGUCCUUUCUCUGCUGAUAUACAGUAGCAUUUCCUCUGCCUUUCGCCUGUGCUUUUCCUCAGGGGGAGCCCCUGCUAUGAACCUCAGCUCUGUUGGCUUCAGCAGGCAGUCCAACCUCAGUGCCAGGCACUGUGUGGGCAUCCCACAAGUCUGGGUUCUGCCUACACAGAACUCACCGAUCAACCCCGAAGAGAAAGAAUAAAAUAUCGCCGAGUCACUCCUCUGCUCGGUCGCUUUGCUGUCUCGUGUGAAGAUUAAUCUGUAGCAAAUUUUCGUCAACAUCCUUCCCCGCAUCCCUGUGCUCCACAGAAAUAAUCUCGAGCUCCUCUUCCGUCACCGCCUCCUUUAGAUCCACCUCUUCAUCGUAAUUUGCUUUCCCAUCCAGCAGCAGCACGAGUUCCUUUGUGCUAACGACGUGGUGGAGGACCAUGGGAUGCCGUCAGAGCUCGGAGGAGAAGGAGGCGGCUCGGCGCUCAAGGCGGAUCGACCGCCACCUGCGUUCAGAGAGUCAGCGGCAACGGCGCGAGAUCAAGCUCCUCUUGCUGGGCACCAGCAACUCCGGGAAGAGCACCAUUGUUAAGCAGAUGAAAAUCAUUCACAGCGGUGGCUUCAACCUGGAGGCCUGCAAGGAGUACAAGCCUCUAAUCCUCUACAACGCCAUCGACUCUCUCACCCGCAUCAUCCGGGCCCUCACUACCCUCAAGAUAGACUUUCACAAUCCCGACCGCGCCUACGACGCCGUUCAGCUCUUCGCCCUCACGGGGCCGGCUGAGAGCAAAGGGGAGAUCACUCCAGAGCUGCAGGGGGUAAUGAAACGUCUGUGGUCCGACGCCGGGGUCCAGGAGUGCUUCCAGCGCUCCAACGAAUACCACUUAGAGGACAACACUGCCUACUACCUGAACGACCUGGACCGCAUCUCUGCACUUGAGUACAUCCCCACCGUGGAGGACAUCUUGCGCUCCCGUGACAUGACCACAGGCAUCGUGGAGAACAAGUUCACCUUCAAGGAGCUCACCUUUAAGAUGGUGGACGUGGGUGGACAGCGUUCGGAGAGAAAGAAGUGGAUUCACUGUUUUGAGGGCGUGACUGCAAUCAUAUUCUGUGUUGAGCUGAGUGGCUAUGACCUCAAACUCUACGAGGACAACCAGACGAGCCGCAUGGCCGAGAGCUUGCGUCUGUUCGACUCCAUCUGCAACAACAACUGGUUCACCAACACGUCACUCAUCCUCUUCCUCAACAAGAAGGACUUGCUGGCCGAGAAGAUUAAACGCAUUCCCUUGACAGUGUGCUUCCCAGACUACAAAGGCCAGAACACCUACGAGGAGGCGGCCGUCUACGUGCAGCGCCAGUUCGAGGACCUCAACCGCAACAAGGAGACCAAGGAGAUCUAUUCGCACUUCACCUGUGCCACCGACACCAGCAACAUCCAGUUUGUGUUUGACGCUGUCACGGACGUGAUCAUCCAGAACAAUCUCAAGUACAUCGGGCUAUGCUAGGACCUGACACCGGGUGGGAGGUGGGUCCGGGCAGAAGGAGAAACGUGGGCAGCUCAGAGGCAGUUGCCCCCCCCCCCCCCCCCCCCAUCAGCGGGCACUAUGUUAGUCUGUCUGCUUUUGAGGAGGUGCAGCAGAGAACCGAAGAUAAAAUCUGUAUUAAGACAGUCAGGUUGGACAAUACUGUAGAUUCAACAGAGCUGCCGGGCCGUGGUCAAGGUGGAAAUUUUUACCCUAUGUGUUUGCACUGAAUUUAAGUAUGCAGAGACACCACACAUAAACACACACACAAACACACACACAUACAUCUUUAUGAUUUGUUCCACACACAAGGUAUUUGGGUCAACUCUUGUUUGACAGAAGGACACUGGAAAAUUCAAGACGACUACCCUUGUCAAACCUAAGAGUGGGAUCCAGGUGUGCACUGGCAGUUUUUUCCCCCUACCUAUUAUUUGCCUGAGUUGCUGCUUCAUGAUAAAUAAUCUUGACAAAUCAAUGCAGUUUUUUUAUUUUUAAUUGUUUCUUUUUCUUUUUUUGGGGGAGGGGGGGAUUCCUCUCCCUAUUUAGUAGGAAACAGCAAGUGCACCUGAUGAGGUAUGAAGCUAGCCUCUGUUUCUGAGGGGGGAAAGUCAGUGGAUAUGAUGUCACAGGGAAACUGCCACAACCCAAAAACAAAAAA